AUGAAAAAAGUAAAGGCAUCUUGGCUCUGGAGAAAGCUGCGUGGCAAGAGGCGGUUGGUGAUGGCAUUCUGCCUCUUAAUGACUCUGUCUGUGGUGACUGUCACCCGCUUGCCCACACAGCACCCAGCCGCUGGCCCAGAUCCUGGCCCCAUGGAGCCCCAGGGGGUUGCUGAUGUCCCUGCCCCCCAGAGUCGGCAGGCUCUGAGCUCCAGCUGGAGGCAGAGGGCAAGAAGGUUGAGGAGAAGCUGGGCCUUGCCCAGGAGCUCCAUCCUGGUGUGUGCUGAGGAGCAAGGCCACAGAGGGCACGUGGACAGCAGAAGACGGUCCCCAGGGAAGGAGAGCAGCCAUCCAGGGAGGACUGGGAAUGACAUUACUUUGGCAUCUCCAGAAGACCUGAGACUCAGUACCCGGCGUCUUGUGCUCCUGCAGGGGGAGGCGAUCAGGGGUCCAGGAGCCAAAGACCUGGACCCACCCUGGCACCAUGGUCCCCUCCUGGAGGCACUCAGUGAGACAAGCACCCCAGGUGGCCCCCUUGCAGGGCAUGACAUGUCAGCCUUACAGACUCGGAGAGCUACUGCUGGACUGACCCUCCAGCCUCCUCCAGAAGGCGGGGGUCUGCCAGGAGUGGGGAACAGAGCCUGGACUGGUGGCCAACAAGUGGGGGGUCCUGCCCCCACCAAAGGGGCUCAUUGGUGGCCUGGCUCUGUUAGGGAGCUGCAAGGGUCUGUCUGGUGUGACACUGAGACCCCUGGGCUGUCGAGUGGCUUCAGGACCGGCAAGCAGGUCCCCCCGUGGCUCACAGAGCAGGAUGUGCAGACCCUCCAGCUUCUGGCCCAGGGGGAGGUGGUGGGCAAAGCCCGGGUGCCUGGCCACGGGCAGGUGCUGCUAGUCGGUUUCUCCAGCGAGGGGGCCCUUCGGGAUGCAGCUCCUGGGCUCAGUCAGCUCUGCUCCCAGGGGCUCUGUGGCUUGAUCAAGAGGCCCGGGGACCUGUCCGAGGUCCUGUCCUUCCACGUAGACCGCGUGCUGGGGCUGCGCCGGAGCCUGCCCGCGGUGGCCAGGCGCUUCCACAGUCCGCUGCUGCCCUACCGCUACACAGAUGGUGGCGCCCGGCCCAUCAUCUGGUGGGCACCCGACGUGCAGCACCUGGGUGACCCCGAGGACGACCAGAACUCUCUGGCUUUGGGCUGGCUGCAGUAUCAGGCCCUGCUGGCACGUGGCUGUGGCCGACCCAGCCAUGCCCCAUGCCUGGGCAUCCACCACGCUGAGUGGGCACGCCUGGCCCUCUUUGACUUCCUGCUGCAGGUGCAUGACCGCCUGGAUCGCUACUGCUGCGGCUUCGAGCCUGAGCCCUCGGACCCCUGUGUGGAAGAGAGACUCCGAGAGAAAUGCCGGAACCCCGGGGAGCUGCGGCUGGUCCACAUCCUGGUCCGGAGCAGUGACCCCACUCGUCUGGUCUACAUUGAUAACGCUGCCCACCUUCAGCACCCGGAGCACAAGCUGAACUUCCGGCUUCUCGAGGGCAUCGAUGGGUUUCCUGAGCCUGUCAUGAAGGUUCUGGAAUCAGGGUGUCUACAGAAUAUGCUGCUCAAGUCGCUGCAGAUGGACCCAGUGUUCUGGGAAAGCCAAGGUGGGAGACAGGGCCUUCAGCAAGUCCUCCAGACCCUGGAGCAGCGAGCACAGGUCCUGCGGCACCACAUCCGGACGUACAACCUAACAAUCUUCCCGGACUAA